AUGGAUAAUGAAAUACUUGGUGAAAAUGGACAAGUUGAUCCUGUAUUUGCUAAUUUGGUGAAUGAUCACCCGCCAAUUCGAUGUCAAGGUUGCAACAUGGCCCAUGAUUACAUCUCUUUUCUUAAAACUCUCAAGAAUGGUACUCUGAAGCAGAUGAAGUCUUGCAAAAACUGUCGAGAGAGAGCUACUGCAAAGCGAACAAUUCAAAGAGAGCAAUCUGCAAUGGAAAUAGUACCAUUGGGACUAUUAGAUCCCAAUCUGCUUCUUAGACGUCAAGCUCCACUUGCACGCCCAGAUCCAAUGCACGGUCGAGCUCCACCUCUCACCCCGAAUCCAGUUCCAUCAGCUCCAGUAAAUCGCCUUCCUUUACGGCGUGCACGUAUAGAUUCUUUCUCCGACAAUGAAGAUAUACAGUCUCCUCAACCUGUACCACCUGGCUCUGAAGAGCAGUUACCUAUGAUUGCAGCAGGAACUAGGCGAGGGCGGCAACCACGUAUAGCCCGUGUUCGAGAGGUGCCACCUGCCUGGAUGGAUGUAUACGAUUCUAACGCCCCCCCGAAUCAUUAUUUAGGAUCUAUGGAUAAGAUUUGUGAGUUUUGUGGUGCUUUCCAUUUCGAAGGAGAAGCAAUUAGAGCAAGGAUUGGGGAAUCAACUCGAUAA